ACACCACCUUAGGACUAGCCAUCCUCGAACCGGGAAAGCUCCCCUCGCCUCGCCUCGCUGCAGGCCGCCGCCGACCCUGAGGAGAGCGAAGCAAGAUGUUCUUCCACAUCGUGCUGGAGCGGAACUUGCAGUUGCACCCGCGGCACUUCGGGCUGCACCUCUGCGACAAGCUCGUCUCCAAGCUCAUCAAGGACGUUGAGGGUACCUGCAGCGGGCGGCAUGGGUUCGUGGUGGCGAUCACGGGGGUGGAGGACAUCGGCAAGGGGCUCAUCCGGGAGGGCACCGGCUACGUCACCUUCCCCGUCAAGUAUCAGUGCGUCAUCUUCCGACCCUUCAAGGGCAAGAUCCUAGAGGCUGUGGUCACCAUGGUUAACAAGAUGGGCUUCUUCGCGGAGGCUGGGCCGGUGCAGAUCUUCUUGUCAAACCAUUUGAUUCCUGACGAUAUGGAGUUCCAAUCUGGCGAUGUACCAAACUACACAACUUCUUAUGGAUCGGUGAAAAUUCAAAAAGAGAGUGAGGUACGGCUGAAGAUUAUUGGUACUCGUGUUGAUGCAACAGAAACUGAAAUAUACAUGCCAGAUUGAUCACUCGAAAGUAAUAAGAAGUGAUGUUCUGUCCUGUAGCCAUGAUUUGUAACUAAUUGAGGCUUAGUCCCGUUUAGCAUUGACCUAGAAGAUUUGUUGUAUGCACUACUACAUAUCUGUGAGAAGAUAUUUUGCUUGUUUAUCUCUUAUUGAAAGCAUAUUAGAAACCUAAGCAGGAAGAUGAUGUUGUUACAAGACUUUAUUAUGUAUUUGAAUUCAUGCUUUCUUAUUGCCUCUAAAGCUGGUUAUACUUUUUUUUUUCGAAAAGAGGGCAAGAGC